GGAAAAUAAGGAAUGCCAAACACCCACGUAAUUUUUGUUCAUAAACUAGUUGGGCCUCAUACAAUAACAUUGCCAGAAAACCAGUUUCAUGUAAGCACAGGAAUCAGAAAACAGAGACAAAUCAUUCAACCAAAAUGCAAACCUCAACAGUCUCCGAACCCCCAAACCAACCGGACUUCAAAAUCGGCCAACGAGUCCAUUACACCGGAGACUACCGGCGGAUCGGCACCGUGAGGUACAUCGGAGAAGUAGAAGGCUAUUCCGGCAUCUGGAUCGGCGUCGAAUGGGACAAUUGCGACGGCAAACACGACGGAUCAGUUAACGGCGUUCGCUAUUUCACUGCACAGUUCCCCAAAUCAGCUUCAUUCGCUCGCCCUCACAAUUUGAGCACUGGCGUUUCCUUGUUGCAAGCCCUAAAUAUCCGAUACCGUACCAGUUCUACUAAAGAAGAAUUAGAUGAAAUGUAUGUGCUUUCUGCUAGCCAUAAACGAGUAAAUGUACAGCUGAUUGGUAAAGAUAAGAUUGAAGAUAUAUUGGCCCGGUUUGAGGAGUUGCCUGGUGCAUCAUUGUCAUAUUUAGGGGUUAGCUCUCCUGGGGAUCCUGUUGAAAUUAGUAAAACUUUACCAAAUCUAAAGGAGCUCGAUUUAACCGGAAACCUGCUGUCCAAGUGGCAAGACAUUGAUGCCAUCUGCAGUGAGUUGCCAGCUCUUACGGCACUUAAUCUAACAACCAAUAGAAUGUCAAAUGAUGUGGCGGGAGUCUCUCACCUAAGGAAUCUUCGACUUUUAGUCUUAAAUAACGUUUCCAUUAGUUGGUCUCAGGUUGAAGUGCUUAAAGAUUCAUUGCAAGCCAUCGAAGAGUUGCAUUUAAUGGGAAAUAAAAUAAGGGAGAUAACGCCUACAUCAUCCAAAUAUGUACAAGGAUUUUGCUCUCUGCGGGUUCUUAACUUGGAAGAAAACUAUAUAGCCGAUUGGGGUGAAAUCUUGAAGCUUUCACAACUGAAAUGUUUGGAGCAGCUUCAUUUGAAUAAGAAUAACAUAGAACACAUUUCGUACCCCACUACAGACGAAGGACCAUAUAAGCCUUUCCAAAGUUUGCGCUGCCUUCUUAUCGGAGGUAAUAAAAUCGAGGAUCUAUCUUCCAUUGAUGCACUGAAUUCUUAUCCAGCCUUAGUGGAUAUUAGGUGUUCUGAGAAUCCGGCAACUGAUCCAAGCAGAGGUGGGAUUGGAAGAUAUGCUUUGAUUGCUCGUUUGGCAAAAAUUAAAAUAUUGAACGGGAGUGAGAUCACCCCUCGAGAACGCAGAGAGUCUGAAAUUAGGUAUGUACGUCUGGUAAUGUCAAAGCCACAUCAAAAUCUGGAAGAGAUCAAGAGGCUUCACCCAAGGUUCACCGAGCUCAAAGCAUUUCAUGGAAUCGAGGAUGAACGACCUACAAACGGUCCAGCAGGGCCUCAGAAAAUGUCUUCUGGACUUAUCACUGUUACUCUCAAGUGUAUUGGACCAUCAAUUUGUGAAAAAGCUCCGAUAACAAAAAAGUUGCCUGCAACCACCACUGUUGGUAAGCUGAAGACGCUUUGCUUGAGCUUUUUCAAAUUGAAGUUUUUUAAGCCGAUAUUAUAUCUUCAAGAAGAGGGCUCCCCGCUGCAUACGUUGCUUGAUGAUGACAUGGCAUCUUUGAACGAUGCGGGUGUAUGCAACCAAUCAACCAUUCUGGUGGACGAAGAGUACUGAAACACCACAUCCCAUGAACAAUUUUAGGUAAUGAAAGCAUCUUGCUAACAGUAUAUGCUGCUAUCAUUGGUGAAAAUGUGAAGUACGUUAGCCGUAUUAAAGGCCAGAAGUAUGUUUCUUGAUACACGCCAUAAGCCGAUCUCUGAAGUAAUUUACACUGUUUGUCAUAAGAAGUAUCAAAUGGAAAACGGACUCGCAUCCAUGUAUUCAUGGUAUGUAACGGGAGCAUUGUUCGGUUUCAUGGUUUGGUCUAGUUUUGUUUGUUUGCCCUGUUUAGCAAGUGAUAUGGGAAAAAGGUUUUGGUUUGUAACAUAAUGCACAAGGAAAGCUCAUUUAGCCCUUGUAUUGAAUGCUAAAA